AUGUGCCAACAGAUCGACAAGAGUGGCCUCGGACUCGACAUCCCCGUUGCGCUGGUGGAAUCGAGGCUCAAGGUCCAGGUCCUGAAGGCGGCUCUCCCACUCCAGCUUGCCAUCGGCGACCAGAACGCCGAGACAGGCGGUGACGAGGGCCUUGGACAGAGAGCCCAGGUGGUAGAUGGUGUCGUCGUCAGGCGCUUCUUUGGUACGGAGGUUGCGGUAUCCGUAGUGCGACGAGUGGACCAGCUCCUUCUGGUGGAUGACGCCGAUCGAGAGGCUGGCGGAGCCAGCUUCGCCGACGAGCUCCUGGAUCUGGUCGCGCAACGCGUUGAGACGCUGACGGACGUCGGGAAGAAAAGGACCCAUGCCAGCCAGGCGAGCUUCAUCGACGACGACGAGGAGGACGACGACGACGAAGAGGAGGACGAGGAUGACGAGGAGGACGAGGAGGACGAAGAGGACGAGGAGGACGAAGAGGACGAGGAGGACGAAGAGGACGAGGAGGACGAAGAGGACGAAGAGGACGAGGAGGAUGAAGAGGACGAAGAGGAUGAGGAGGAUGAGGAGGACGAGGAUGAGGCAGCGCAACGGGAAGUCGCUAAGACGAAACUUUGGGAAGGCGGCAACCCCAAGCCACCUGCCGUUCCCAUUCGACUGCCCCCGCCCGCCCCCACUGACGCCCGACUACAGUGUGUGUUUCCAGCCUGCCACACAUCCACCACUCAACUUUACACAGGUACCUUACGCAAUGCCACCUAUUACCUACAUUAUGCUCCUUCAGACAGGCUUUUUGACGCGGUGAACAGGACCUUUGACAUGCUGAACAGCCUGUUAUUUUCACACCAUGUUGGUGUGAGCCUGUUCAAAAGAUUUGUCCUGUUCGAAUGCCUGUUUAGAAAUACCCUUCACCCGGAAAUCACCCCCCUCACUUCGUACAACAAGAAGGGCAAUACAGAGUACAGACUGAGGUGGUUCUUGACCGAGCUUCCAAACGACAUUGGCUGGAUUGGCAUCAACGACGGGCACGUCAAGCAGAACCCUAUCAUUGGCCGCGGUGUGUCCCCGACUUCGAUUCGCCUUCUAGCACUCAAGGAAAUUCGUCCGCGGCCCUCAUCGUCGCUGGGUCUCUCAUCUCCAACUAUCAGGCUAGCAAGAGCUGAAAUGCCACUUGCACAACCCGUCAUGGACCCGGGCCCGCCCCAACCCAACGCUCAGGAGCUGUGGCGGCAGACCUACGGAAAGAUCGAGACCGAGCUUAGGGAGCUGGAGGGAGAGCUCAGGAGGCUCGGCCACCACGGCAUUAUUCAUUACAACAGCAUCAAUAACCGUGAGGCUUUCCUGGCGGGCAUAGCGGAUCUCUGUGAUACCUACCCAGACCAGAAAGCCGCCACUCUGGCAAUUUCUCUCUCGGCCCAGAUGUCCACGCCUUCCGCAUUAGUCUGGUCCGGCACACUGGUCGUCCUCCAAGCCGCGUGUCGGUUCACGACACACCUGAACGAGAUUAUCGAUGCUUUUUCCCGUUUCUACGAUGCGCUCCCCCGGUUCGAUGAGUACCUCGAGAUCUACUCGGGCGAGAUUCGCCUCGUCUACCAGCUGCGCAAGCUAUUCGAAGACUACGGCAGGCUAUGUAUUCAGGCGUUGAAAUGGAUGACGAAGAAGCCGAUUGCCUUAUGCUUCGUCAUGCUGAUACCUCAUACCUCUCGAUAUCAAGUGAACUUGAUCAAGACUAUUGUCUCCUCUGGGCCACAGGACAAGCUGCACGCCAUCAUAGUAUCAAUGGAACAGCACAAGAAUGCCUUCAAGGAUGAGGCGGAACUUAUUUUACAUAAGCGACUAUCAGACCCCGGCCGCAACGCAGGCCGCCCGGAUUCCUCGCGCGUUCGGCCGCAGUCGUUGGCCAAGCUGCCGGCCUUCAUCGUUGUUGGUCGCCGCGACCGCAGAUUCCUAGGCCGGGAUACCAUUUUGAACACUAUCCACACCAACCUCGGCACCGAGAAGACCGGAGAAACGGCCGAGGCCAAGUCCAUCCUCGUGCAUGGCUUGAGUGGCAUUGGCAAGACGUCGACGGCGCUCGAGUACACGUACAGAUACAAGGGAGACUAUGAUAGCAUCUACUGGCUGACGGCCGAGACCAAGUCAGACCUCGUUCGCUCUUGGGCCCUGAUUGUCUCGAGGCUUCGUUCGCUCGGGCACAUCGAUCCCGGCUCCGAGUCUGGUGAGGAAACAGGUGUUUAUGACGCUCGGGACUGGUUUGAGAACACAAGUGAGCUUGCACCCCAAUUCGCGUCUUCUACAAACCAGAAGUGGCUCCUCGUCUUCGACAACGUUGAGCACUGGGGCCUGAUUUCCAACUACUGGCCCAAGGCUGCUCGAGAGCAUUCUGCCAUCAUCGUCACCUCGCAGAACCAAGAAUUCAGACGCCAGACCACUUUCGAAUGCCUCCUUCCAGAUCUCUCCGUCGACGAGGGUUCUGAGCUUCUGAUGUCUUAUGCCUACAAUGAUCUAGACAGGCCUGAUGAUCAGGGCGCCUCCGAAGACGCAUCCCGCAAGAUCGCAGAAAUGUUCGGCGGACUGCCUCUAGCCAUCGCCCACAUAGGCGGUUACGUGGGCGACGCCCAUUGCACCCCGGUCCAGUUCAUCGAGAUUCUAGAGCAGAGAUACCGGUCGCUUUGGGAGUGCGAUUUGACCGUGUCCAACCCCUCGGUCGCUAAGCUGAAGCUCAUUGCCGAUGUCGCAUUGCAGGAGCUCCCUGCCGAGGCAAAGACGUUGUUAUACGCCAUGGCUUUCCUCAACACGGACACCAUUCACGCGGCGAUGUUCACAGGGAGUGGCACUGACAUAGCCGCUAGAGCUAGUGGCGCGAAUCCGCCGUACGCCUGUUCCCAAGGAGAGUUUUAUGAAUACGUCAGGCGUCUCAUCAAAAGAGCACUUCUCCGCGCAGACAGCGAGGCGAAGGAUACCUACUUGAUGCACAGGGCCCUACAGAGGGCAAUUCUAUACAACCUCGACGACGUCCCCGCCGGUCGGUCUGGUGCUUUCUGGGCAGCUUUCUCAGCCGUGCGACACAUCACGCCGUCUGCGUCACCGAUCCAGGUACCGAACCCGAAGCUGUGGCCAGACUUUGAGAGGGCAGUACCGCACAUCAUGGCGUUGGAGACGGCGUUUUCCCAAGCACGGCCGCCAAUGGAGGGAUCCAUCGAGUUUGCGCGCCUGCUUUACGACGCUGGCUUCAAUGCGUACGAGCGGGAAUCGAGUCGUGAUGGGCUUCGCCUACUCGAAACGGCCGAGACAAUCCUGAAAGCGCUAGAGCAUGACCAAGGAAGCAAGCUGCGGGCCGAUAUCCACGCCAUCAUUGCCGUUGUCUGCGACAACAUAGGUAUCAGUGAAAGAGAAAAGGCUUUGCGCCACCGUCAAGACGCUAUUCCUAUCCGGCAAGCCAUCUGGCAGAAGGAGUCGCAGAGGGGAUCACAGAGCACCACGGCCAGAGAGUCGGACAUCUUGCUUCACAAUGCCCUGAACGACACAGCCGAGUCGUACCUUCAGUAUUACGACUUUGCGAGAGCCAAUCAACUCAUCGAGCGGUGCUACCAGAGGUAUCAGACCUGGGGCACUGAACAGGAGUACCCGUUUGAGUACGGCAAGUACUAUCGGAAUAAGGGCACCGUCCUUUGCCUUCAGCGGCUCUUCUCCGAAGCGAUCAAGUCGGCUUCACGGGCCACCGAGCUGCAGAAGCGAGACACGGGAAUUGGCCCGCGCUACUUAUACUACAGACAGGAUCUGGCUGGCAUUCUACUGCAAUCAGGAGACGUAGAAGGCUCGCUCAGGCUUCAUCUGGAGAUAUACCAGGAGAGAGAGAAGAUCUGCGGGAAGUUCCACGACGUCACGCUCCAGAGCUCGUAUGCGGUAGGCGCCAUGUAUUACCACCUAGGCAAUAUGCCUGAAGCAGAGUACGAGGCCCCUUCAUAUCACCCUGCACAGUCGUCAGCUAACAUUCUCCGCUUCGGCCAGAAGAUGGUUUCAAAAAACUCUGAGACGUGCGGUACGGACGCAGUGGCCGGACGAGCCGCUAUGCCGGGCUCAGUUCCACCUUUCCAGAGUCUUAGACCGCCAGACACUCCAGGCCGACUCCGGUUACGAUGA